AAACAACACAACAUCAGUUAAUAAUUUAUGGUAGUUUUGUGUCCGUGCUUGAAAAACAAAAUCUGUCGGUGCUGUGCUGAAAUUAGCUCGUUAGCCGAGUGCGGAACAAUUUCAGUUGACAAAAAAGCCAUUGAGAGCAGGUGUAGCGAUAACGGAAAGUGUACCAAAUGGUUCAUUGCAGAGCACCAUGGGACUUCUGUCUGAUCCCACGAGAAGAAGGGCAUUGAUCAGCCUGCUCACGCGCCUCAAUACUCCAAUCUGUGCAGUGUGCUACAUGGCGGGCGUGGCCUGGUUCAUGGGUUUGGCUUUUGAGCCGUUCACCCUGCGCAUGCACAUGUCCGAGAACGCCAUGGGGUCCACCAUGGUGGAGGAGCGCUUUCAGGCCGGGGAGAGGGCGCUGGUCACGGCCAAGGAGUUUGGGGUACAGAAGGACAAAGCAGGUGGGAUGCCGGUCGAUUGGCUGGUGAAAGCCAUGCAGGAUCGAGGCCUGGAAGUGUUCACGCAGAGCUUCUUCCGCACACUCCCCUUCCCAGAUGAAAACAAAGAGAGAUUUAUGGUGAAAGGUACAAACGUGUACGGCAUCCUCCGCGCCCCGCGAGCCCCACGGACCGAAGCCCUGAUGCUGACCGCUCCGUGCAGUCAAGGCAAUGACAACAACCAGGCUGUGGGACUGCUGCUGGUUUUGGCGCAGUACUUCAGAAGUCAGGUGUACUGGGCCAAGGACAUCAUCUUCCUGGUCAAUGAACACGAUCUGAUCGGAAUGCAGGCCUGGCUGGAGGGAUACCACCACACCAACAUCACAGGGAUGGAGUGGUCGCCUCUCCAAGGCCGCGCCGGUGCCAUCCAGGCGGCGCUGUCCCUGGAGCUCAGCAGUGACGUGGUGACCAGCCUGGACAUCAGGUUAGAGGGGCUGAACGGGCAGCUGCCCAACCUGGACCUCGUCAACCUCUUCUACGCUUUCUGUCAAAAGUUCGAUGUCCUUUGCACAUUCCAGGGCAAGCUGCAGAGGAACGACUGGGACAGCCCUUCGGGCUACAGCCACGCCGUGCAGACGAUGAUGCUGAUGGUGCUCAAGCAGGCCAGCGGUCACUCUUGGGGCGACCACGGGCUUUUCCUGCGCUACCAAGUGGAAGCGGUCACCAUCAAAGGCAUCAACAGCUACCGCCAGUACAAGACCACCACCACCACCGUCGGCAGGCUCCUGGAGGGAAUGUAUCGCAAGCUGAACAACCUCUUGGAGCGCCUGCACCAGUCCUUCUUCUUCUACCUCUUGCCCUCGCUGUCCCACUUUGUUUCCAUCAGUUACUACAUGCCAGCCUUUGGCCUUCUCACAGUCAUCCUGCUGCUGCGUGCUUUGUAUCUGUGGGUUGAACUCUCAGCACCUCCAGCGACAGAAGAUGGCGUCGCCAAUGUGGAGCAGCAGUCCAGUUCUGGCGUGCUGUCUGUGGUGACCCCUUUGGUGAUCAGCCACCUGACCGGAGUGGCUCUCUACACACUGCCCGUCCGCUUCCAGGAGAUGGCGGUGGAGCACUUCCCGGUGUCUGAGACCGAGGCCGUGGUGCUGACAGCCAUUGCCGUGUACACGGCCGGCCUGGCUCUGCCUCACAAUACGCACAGAUUUGUGUCUGGCGAGGGGACGGAGCGGGGCUGGAGAGUUCUAAAGCUGGUGGCCGUGCUGUACUUGGCCGUGCUGCUGGGCUGCACCGCCCUCCUCAACUUCUCAUUGGGCUUCAUCCUGGCCCUCACGCUGGUGCCCGUGGCUGCCGGCGUCACGCCUCACAUGCCCAAGUUCCCAACGGCCUGCGUCAUGGUGGUCCUCAGCCCGGCCUGCACGCUGCUCUUUUCCGUCUUUGCCUUCCACGAGCUUCAGGAGAUGCCGCUGAGCUUCCAGGACACUUGGCUGCUCUUCCUGUCAGUCAUCUCGCAAGGGAUCCUGGAUCACGCAUUGUACGGUGCGCUGGUCUUCCCACUGCUGGCGUUGUUGGUGUACCCCUGCUGGCUGCUUUUCUGGAACAUCCUCUUCUGGAAGUAAGACCACGGACAAGCCUUCAACAAAGGUAAUCUCAGGUUCUUCUCCCACCAAGGACUGACAGUUACUCCACUGAAGGAAAGACUUUACUUUUUUUCAACUUUGAUUUGGGAAUGGGUGUCAACGUCAAUUGAUUGAUUUUGCCUUGAAGAGAUUGAGGCAACAUUUUGUGCACUACUUGGCUACAACCAGAUUUGGUCUGAAUAAGCAGUUUUCUGUUUGAAUGUUUUUUUUAAAGGGAAGAUAUUCAUGGGGAAAUAAUUUGAUUUUUGCCCAUUUAUUCUCCCCUUAGCCAUUCAAGGAAAUGUAUUUUGAGUGCCCAUCCCUAAUUUGUAGUAAUAAUUACAUGUUGAAUGGGCUGAUCUUCAACACUGUGUAUUUAUGACCAAAAAAAAUGUUACGAUGUAUCUUGUUCUACUUGGAUUUAAGGAGAAAUGUACAUUGUAGAGCGGUGAGUUUUUUAAAAAAUCAGUUUUAAAUUAUGAAUUUGCUGUUGCGCAAUUGUUCCAUUUAGAAUCUUGAAAACAGGAAGUGAUGUUUAUCUAAUGCAGUGUUUUUCAAACCCUGUGCCCUCGUACCGACAUUGUCAGGUGUGCUCCGGGAAAAUAUCCAAUUAGUAUGCCUGCGCGGUCUAUCACCCGGCAAAGUAAUCGUGUAGUAACCUUCCAUACCGCUAGGGAGCAGCAACAGCUAGAGACUGGAGACAAGCGAAUUUGUGAUGCAUGAAUGCGGUGAACCAAUAUGAAAGAUUAUAAAACACUUUUUCUUUGUGUUUAUUUGAAUCCAGUUCAAGCUGUUGCAACGUCAUUCUUCAAUGUUAAAAAACGGUUAUAGUAACAAUAUAACACGUAAUUGUUAAAACAAGCUUUUUUUCACAUUUUCAGCUAGUGGUGUGCCUUGGCUCAAAAAAGUUUGAAAAACACUAAUGAAUACCUUUGGGUUUUUUUGUUCGGUUUUCUCAGUAAGAUGACCAUGGUGGUAUGUUACGCGUUUAUUCAACCAGUCUUUUUUUUUUAAACACAGUAAUGUGUACUGAUAAGACCAUUCCAUCGCUGUCACAACUCAAAAGAGGAAAUCGAAUAAAAUCAAAUCAGCUCAUAAAAUGUACAUCAAUCAUGAAUCAUUUAAGAGGAAAAAAAUAAAUGUCCAUUAAAAUAGAUUUGUAAAGAGUAAAAGCACUUGUAACCACCCUGUAAACAUCCUCUCUCAUCUCCAACAACCAACUUCACAGUUUUGCCCCGACAGAAAUCCCAACCUUCUCCGCAUCUUCCGUCACCACCUCCCCGCCAAUAAAUAAGGGCCUCUU